UAUCUUCCCCCAAACAUCAUCACCAACAUCCCAAGGUUUUCAGCGAAACACCGACAAAAUGGCUCGCCGUCCUGCUCGUUGCUACCGAUACUGCAAGAACAAGCCGUAUCCCAAGUCUCGGUUCAACCGUGGUGUCCCCGACCCCAAGAUCCGUAUCUUCGAUCUGGGCCGUAAGCGCGCCAACGUCGACGACUUCCCUCUCUGCAUCCACCUCGUCUCCAACGAGUAUGAGCAGCUGAGCUCCGAGGCCCUCGAGGCCGCCCGUAUUUGCGCCAACAAGUACCUCGUCAAGCACACCGGAAAGGAGGGUUUCCACCUGCGUGUCCGCGCUCACCCUUACCACGUCGUCCGUAUCAACAAGAUGUUGUCUUGCGCUGGUGCCGAUAGACUGCAGACCGGUAUGCGUGGUGCCUGGGGCAAGCCCAACGGCACUGUCGCCCGUGUCAACAUUGGUCAGAUCAUCAUGAGCGUCCGCACUCGUGACUCUAACCGUGCUCUGGCUCUUGAGGCUCUCCGACGAUCCCAGUACAAGUUCCCUGGUCGCCAGAAGAUCAUCAUCUCCAAGAACUGGGGUUUCACCCCUCUCCGCCGCGAGGACUACCUCGAGCGCAAGGCUGCCGGCCGUGUCAAGGUCGACGGUGCUUACGUUCAGUUCCUCGCCAACUACGGUUCCAUUGAGAACAACAUUCGCCGUUUCCCCGACGCUUUCUCGUCCGAGGCGUAAAAUGUUUCUUCUUCACAUGGCAUCUGGGUUUUAAGGUUGGCGUAAUUAUGGCACUGUCAGAUAAGAGAUUUCUCGAUUUGAGAAUCAUCAGUUAGGCAAUUCAAACCAUUGUGCGUUCAGCACUAUACCCGCUGUG